AAAAGUGUUGUGACAUUACAAUAUUUCAAAACUGCACUCACUCCACAUUCAUUCAAAAAGAAAGAAAGAAAACGGGCAACUCGAGUCGAUGGUUGUAUUUCCAGUUGAGGGGACCAGAACAAACGGAAAGUAGUAAUUCGCAAGGAUGUCUAGGAUUGUAGCUGAUGUGUUGUUGUUGUCAGUGUGAUGCGUCGGCUGGUGCUGUGGUUGAACUCAAGGCGCACGGGAGCGGAGUUUACAAAGUUAUUUUGCGGUGUUCCAACCCUUUCGGUCCCCAACCCUGUAUUUCGAUUUAACGAUCGGGUUGAUGUGAUUUCUAUUUUUAACUACUCUGUUUAAGUUUGGAUUAUUUAUUUAUUUAUUUUGCAUCUGCUGGAUAUUCAAAAAGACACAUUGGGGUUUUUUUAUUUUUUAUUUUUUUUCCCCAAAGGGGGCACCCACAGAUUCUUUCCAACAAUUGCCCGUUUAUUUAUCAAACACUGCACAAUAAGGGCAAGAUGGUCUUUCAGCUCACUCGGGGUGCCCUGCCGUUUGUGGUUGCGUUCAUCUGCUCGGCUCUAGGUUCCCGUCCCCGGCAGGAUGACUUCGCCCCGCGGAUUGCGGAGCACCCCUCAGACCUGAUAGUGUCAAAGGGGGAGCCGGCCACGCUGAACUGCAAGGCGGAGGGCAGGCCGCUGCCCAUGGUGGAGUGGUACAAGGACGGGGAGCGCGUGGAGACGGACCGGGACGACCCACGUUCACACCGCAUGCUGCUGCCCAGCGGCUCUCUCUUCUUCCUGCGCAUUGUCCACGGCCGUCGCAGCAAACCCGACGAGGGUGUCUACGUCUGUGUGGCUCGCAACUACCUGGGGGAGUCCGUCAGUCGCAACGCCUCUCUGGAAGUAGCCAUUCUCCGGGAUGAUUUUCGACAGGCCCCCAGCGACGUUGUGGUGGCGGCAGGAGAGCCAGCGGUCAUGGAGUGCCUUCCUCCGAGGGGCCACCCAGAGCCAACCAUCUCCUGGAAAAAAAACAACGUCAAAGUCACUGACAAGGAGGAGCGAAUCACGAUCCGCGGUGGGAAGCUGAUGAUCUCAAACACACGGAAGAGCGACGCUGGGAUGUACGUGUGCGUGGGCACCAACAUGGUGGGGGAGAGAGAUAGCGACCCUGCAGAGCUGGUGGUGUUCGAGCGGCCAGUGUUUGUGCGGCGCCCGGUGAACCAGGUGGUCUUGUCGGACGAGACGGUGGAGUUCAUGUGCGAGGUUCAGGGGGACCCCACACCCACGGCACGCUGGCGUAAGGAGGAGGGGGAGCUGCCGAGGGGGAGGUUUGAAAUUCGGAGCGACAACAGGUUGCAGAUAACCCAAGUGCAUGCGGAGGAUGAGGGCACAUACACCUGCCUGGCAGAGAACAGCGUGGGCAAAGCAGAGGUGUCAGGCACCCUACAAGUGCAUGUGGGCUCAUUCCUCCCUCCCCAGAUUGUGAUUCGCCCGCGGGACCAAAUCGUGGCUCAAGGACGGACCGUCACAUUCCUCUGCGGCACCAAGGGGAACCCCCCUCCCGCUGUGUUCUGGCAAAAAGAGGGGAGCCAGUUUUGA